AUGGCCCCUCGUGAGAAGAAGGAACGCAAAGCCCGCUCGGCUCUCUCGGACGUUGUGACUCGAGAGUACACCAUUCACCUGCACAAGCACGUCUUUGGCCAUGGGUUCAAGAAGCGUGCUCCCAAAGCUGUCAAGGCCGUCACCGAGUUUGCACGAAAAGCUAUGGGUACUCAAGAUGUCCGGAUCGACCCCGCACUGAACGCUGCUAUCUGGAACCACGGUAUCAGGAACGUACCGCGGAGAAUGCGAGUCCGACUAGCCCGUCAACGUAACGAUGACGAGGACUCGAAAGAGAAACUUUACACCCUGGCAACUUUUGUCGAGGUGGCCGACUUCAAAGGAUUGGACACACAAGUCGUCGAAACGGAUGACGCAUGA